AUGUCUCUAGACGAAGAAGCCCUCGAAGCAGUCGCCAAUGGUGGCUCGAUUGACUUACAGAAAUGGGCUGGCAUAGUGGCGCCGCUACUGGAGCGGCUAGAAUACAUCGUCUAUAAUGUAUUCCCAAUGCCCAAGCUGCCGGGCGCCCUUAACUCACAGGCCUUCUCUCGACCACCGAUCCCACCUAACGAUGUCAAUUCUACUCCACCAGAGAGCAGUAAUAAGGAAAACGCAGCUCCGGGAGCUCCUCAGAGCCCGCCCCGCACCGAGGGACUGGCUAGCUCCUCCCCAUCGACUGAGCGCGUGCCGAACUCACAGCCCCAGUCCUCUGCGCAGCAGGGAAACGACUCGUUACCGCCUCCCCUUGCACUCCUCCUGAGCUCCAUCCGCUCUGCGAUCCAGCUUUUCUUCGUGGAAAAACCCCCGCAUACGAUCCAGAGACUCGCGGAGCUCAUCCUACGGCCGACCGCUCACUACAAGACAUUGCCGGCUUAUCUUCGCGCCGUUGACCGAGUCGUUUCUGUGACUAGCGGUGCUGAUAUUUUCCCAUUCAACACCCCUGCCAAUAGCGACCAGUCAAACGGACUACUGCAUCCCACAAACAGCGCCGGGACAUAUCUCACUCCCGACUAUGCCCAUGGCUUGGGCAGUGACGAGUCACUGGGUGGAGCCCUCUUGACCCCAAUCCCUUGGUUAAAUACCGCGUCAUUUGAUGGUGGAGAUUCUAGCGCCUUGGAAGCGGCGGAGGAUGGACACCUCCAGCCCCAAGAGGCCGAUAUUGCGACAGCUACUGUCCCGGCACCCACAGUUGAGGGUGAAGAGGCAGCUACAUCUGGGUCCCCACCUGCGGAGUCAGAUGAAGUUCCUCAUGCUCGCGGUCCAUCGCUUCUUGGCGUGGAGGAUAUGGGCUUGCAGGAUGGAAAGGGCGUCGAAAUGAACCUGGAAGCCCAACAGGCGGCAGCUGCUGAUGACGUCGCUGAAGGCAGUGGUACCCCGCAAGCCCAAGCGGAUGGUGAAUCUGCCCGGGCGGACAAGGACGGUGAUAUUGUUCUUGACGAUACCAGCCUCAAAGAGGCAUCCAAGACAGAAGACUCCCCGCAGACAGAGAAGUCCGAAACAGCUAGCAAUGCCGUGCAGUCUGCUGAAUCUAAGGAGUAA